AGGUAUUACAAUCUGCAUCACUGGACUAAUACGGCUACUCACAUUUACUAUACAGAUAUACACAUACCUGAAGAUGGUUUAGAACCCUGUGAUGUCACACAUGCUUGUGAUGAUGUCACCGUAAGCUGUACAAGGAGGUGCGCGCCGGCUGCAGUCUCUUCAGUGUGUUUUGCAUUCACAACCUGUGGUGCAAAGUGUUUGUUAGAGAGUUUCUAUUUGCGAUAGAGAAUUCAAGAUUUUGACCGUUCCUUGUCUGAAGAGAGAACCACAAGUGUUUUCAGGCUCUGACCUGUGACCAUGGCCUCUCCACAAGACCCAUUGCUGAAGGAGGAGGAAGAAGCAAUGGAGGACCAUAGUGAUAUGGAUGUGGAAAAGGGCGAUAUCCCUGAGAGGCAGAACCUGCCAUCUCUAAGCGUGAUGUCCACCGCACGUUCCAUCAUCACCGUAGUGAUCCUCGCCUUUGUUAAUUUGCUCAUCUAUGCAAAUCGCUCCAGCGUGGCGGGGGUGCUGCCUUAUAUACAGAAAGCAUAUGACACCAAUGCUAGUCUGUCCGGCUUAUUGAAUACAUUGUUCAUUGGAAGCUACGUGCUGGUCGCACCAAUUGCCGGAUAUUUGGGCGACCACUGUAAUAAGAAAUAUACUGUUUGUGCAGGAAUCAUUGUUUGGCUGAGCAUGACACUUACCCUGUCAUUCAUCCCUGACGGGUACUUCCUGCUCUUCCUGCUGACGAGUGGACUGGUUGGAGCCGGUGAGGCGACUUUCUGCACCAUCGCUCCCUCCAUCAUUGCAGACCUUUUUACAAGUGACCAGCGGACCCGCAUGCUGAACGUGUUUUACUCCGUCAUACCUGUUGUCACGAUGCCGGCUGGCAGGAGGUGGAUCCUCUGUGCCAGAGAGGGAUAGCGAGGACCGCGCUAGUGGACCGGUUCUAAGCCACUACAGGUUUUCACCAGAGCCCGCCGCAAAGCGGGAUGGUCUUGCUGCGGCGGUAGUGACCAGGUCGUAUCCACUAGCAACGGCUCACCUCUCUGGCUGCUGAAGAUGCUGAAGAUAGGCGAGGUACAAGGGAGUAGGCAGAAGCAAGGUCGGACGUAGCAGAAGGUCGAGGCAGGCAGCAAGGAUCGUAGUCAGGGGCAACGGCAGGAGGUCAGGAACACGGGC